AUGACCCCAGGCCAGCUGCUGGCCCGGCACCGGGAGGGCCUCGCCCUCGACGGCUCCAUCCGGACGCUGAAGCUGCCACUGCCUCGGGUGGAACUGCGGCCAUUCCCCCUGGACUGGCCCCGGCCCGCCCGCCCGCUGCCACCCCUGCUCCUGCAGCCGCCCCUGCGGCGCUACUUCCUGCCAGACCUCGCAGACCCGGACUUCUUGGACUGA